CCCGCGCUCGCAGUGAUUGUUGCGCCCGCGCCCGCCGCCGCCGCCGCCAGGGGAGCAGCCGCGCUGGUGCAAACCGGGAAGAUGGCGGCCGGCGGCGGCGGAGCCAGCAGCAAGGCCUCGUCCUCGGCGGGCGCCGCGGCGGGGGCGCUGGAGUCCUCGCUCGAUCGGAAGCUCCAGGCGGUCACCAACACCAUGGAGUCCAUCCAGGGCCUGUCGUCCUGGUGUAUCGAGAACAAGAAGCACCACAGCACCAUCGUCUACCACUGGAUGAAGUGGCUCCGGAGAUCUGCCUAUCCCCACCGCCUGAACCUUUUCUACCUGGCCAAUGACGUCAUCCAGAACUGCAAGAGGAAAAACGCACUCAUAUUCCGCGAGUCGUUCGCUGAUGUACUUCCUGAAGCAGCUGCUCUAGUGAAGGAUCCAUCUGUCUCUAAGUCUAUAGAGCGAAUCUUUAAAAUCUGGGAAGAUAGAAAUGUAUAUCCAGAAGAAAUGAUUAUGGCACUAAGAGAAGCAUUGAGUACCACUUUCAAAACUCAGAAGCAGCUGAAAGAAAAUCUGAACAAACAACCGAAUAAGCAGUGGAAGAAAUCACAAACAUCCACGAAUCCAAAAGCUGCUCUCAAGUCUAAGAUAGUGGCUGAAUUUCGUUCUCAGGCCCUCAUUGAGGAGCUGUUGCUGUACAAACGCUCAGAAGAUCAGAUAGAAUUGAAGGAAAAACAGCUGUCAACGAUGAGGGUGGACGUGUGCAGCACAGAGACACUCAAAUGCUUAAAAGAUAAGACAGGUGGGAAGAAGUUCUCCAAAGAAUUUGAAGAGGCAAGCUCCAAGCUGGAGGAGUUUGUGAAUGGAUUAGAUAAACAGGUGAAAAAUGGGCCCUCACUGACAGAAGCACUAGAAAAUGCUGGAAUUUUCUAUGAAGCACAGUACAAAGAAGUAAAAGUGGUGGCUAAUGCUUACAAAACCUUUGCUAAUCGCGUGAACAAUUUAAAGAAAAAGCUGGAUCAGCUAAAGGCAACCCUUCCUGAUCCUGAGGAAUCACCAGUCCCCUCCCCAAGCAUGGAUGCUCCCUCCCCAACUGGCUCCGAGUCUCCUUUUCAGGGGAUGGGAGGUGAGGAGUCCCAGUCCCCAGCCAUGGAGAGUGAGAAAUCUGCCACGCCCGAGCCUGCCACAGAUAACCGUGAUGUGGAAGACAUGGAGCUUUCCGACGUGGAGGAUGACGGGGCCAAGAUCAUCGUGGAGGACAGGAAGGAGAAACCUGUGGAGAAGUCAGCUGUAUCCACGUCUGCACCCACAAAGCCAACAGAAAGUGUCCCAAAGGCCUCCCCCUGCGCCCCGGCCCCGGUGCCCGUGACCAUGACGGCAACCCCACCCCUUCCAAAGCCUGCGACCCCUUCCCUUCUGACCCCCUCUCCGGCCCUGGCGCUGCCAAACCUGGCAAAUGUGGAUCUGGCGAAGAUCAGCUCCAUCCUCAGCAGCCUAACAUCAGUCAUGAAAAAUACUGGGGUCAGUCCUGCAUCGAGACCGUCUCCGGGAACGCCCACCAGUCCCAGCAACCUCACCACCGGCCUAAAAACACCGGCACCUUCUGCGACCACGUCCCACAAUCCUCUGGCAAACAUCCUCUCGAAAGUGGAGAUCACCCCAGAGAGCAUCCUGUCUGCCCUCUCCAAGACCCAGACGCAGUCGGCCCCCGCGCUACAAGGCCUGUCCUCUUUACUUCAGAGUGUCACAGGGAACCCAGCUCCAGCCAGUGAAGCUGCGCCCCAGAGCACUUCCGCGUCCCCCGCCAACACCACCAUCUCCAGCGUGAAGGGGAGAAAUCUGCCCUCCACCACCCAAACCUUCAUGCCCAAGAGCUUCAGCUAUUCUCCUAACUCAACAACUUCUGAAGUCUCUUCGACUUCAGCCAGCAAGGCCUCCAUUGGGCCAAGUCCAGGGCUCCCAAGCACUACUUUCAAGCUGCCCUCCAACUCCCUGGCAUUUGCCAGCACCCACAAUACUAGCUCUGCCGCCCCCCCUCCUGAAGUUGCCAUGUGCCAACCUUCAGACAUCUCCAAGCCAAAGCUGGAGUCCGAGUCCACCUCCCCAAGCCUGGAAAUGAAGAUCCACAACUUCUUAAAAGGUAAUCCUGGCUUCAGUGGCUUAAACUUAAACAUCCCAAUCCUGAGCAGCUUGGGGUCCAGUGCCCCCACGGAGAGCCACUCCUCAGAAUUCCCACGUGGCCCGACGAGCACCUCCGUGGACAACAUCGGUGGAACCCCAGUGCGGGACGAGCGGAGCGGGACGCCCACGCAGGAUGAGAUGAUGGACAAGCCCACGUCCAGCAGUGUCGACACCGUGUCCUUGCUCUCCAAGAUCAUCAGCCCUGGCUCCUCAACCCCCAGCAGCACGAGAUCGCCGCCCCCCGGGAGAGAGGAGGGCUACCCCCGGGAGCUCGCCAACUCUGUGUCUGCCUACCGACCCUUCAGCCUCGGCAGUGAGUCUCCCUAUAAGCAGCCCUCGGAGGGCAUGGAGAGGCCAUCUUCCCUGAUGGACUCUUCGCAGGAGAAGUUCUAUCCAGAUACCUCUUUCCAGGAAGAUGAGGAUUACCGAGAUUUCGAGUAUUCAGGGCCUCCCCCCUCUGCCAUGAUGAACCUGGAGAAGAAACCAGCCAAGUCCAUCUUGAAGGCAAGUAAGCUCUCUGAUGCCACCGAGUACCAGCCAAUCCUGUCCAGCUAUAGCCACAGGGCCCAAGAAUUUGGGGUGAAGUCCACCUUCCCUCCAUCCGUGAGGGCCCUGCUGGACUCCGGUGACAGCUGCGACCGUCUCUCAUCCUCCCCUGGGCUCUUUGGUGCCUUCAGCAUCAGAGGGAAUGAGCCUGGGUCCGACCGGUCUCCAUCGCCGAGUAAGAAUGAUUCCUUUUUCACCCCUGACUCCAACCACAAUAGCUUGCCUCAACCUACCACUGGGCACCUCACUUUGCCACAGAAGCAGUACCCAGACUCUCCUCACCCCGUCCCACACCGUUCCCUUUUCUCUCCGCAGAACACCCUUGCCGCUCCCGCGGGCCACCCGCCCACCUCAGGCAUGGAGAAAGCCCUGGCCUCCACCAUUUCCACCACGUCGACGAUUGAGUUUAAGAAUAUGCUUAAAAACGCCUCCCGCAAGCCCUCGGAUGAUAAGCAUUUUGGCCAGGCCCCCGGCAAGGGCGCCCCGAGCGACGGUGUGGGCCUCUCCGGCCUCACCCAGCCCAGCCUGCCCGCCCCCGAGCAGCAGCAGCCAGAAGAGCACUUCCGCAUUGAGACCCGCGUCUCCUCCUCCUGCCUAGACUUGCCCGACAGCACCGAGGAGAAGGGGGCCCCCAUAGAGACCUUGGGCUACCAUAACGCAUCCAAUCGGAGGAUGUCGGGGGAGCCCAUUCAGACCGUGGAGUCAGUCCGCGUGCCCGGGAAGGGAAGCCGAGGCCAUGGGCGCGAGGCCUCGCGGGUGGGCUGGUUUGACCUGAGCUCCUCAGGCGGCUCUUUCGACAACGGCCCCUCCAGUGCCUCUGAGCUGGCGCCCCUUGGGGGUGCGGGCAGCGGAGGCCUCACUAGCUUUAAAACAACAUCAUACAAGGACCGGGCACCCCAAUUUCAGGAAAGUGUCGGCAGCUUUCGUUCCAACAGUUUCAACUCAACAUUUGAGCAUCAUCUCCCCCCAGCCCCCUUGGAACACGGGACACCCUUCCAGAGAGAGCCAGUGGGGCCGGCGUCGGCCCCGCGCCCCCCCAAGGAUCACGGUGGUAUCUUCUCUCGAGAGGCGCCCACGCAUCUGCCUUCCGUGGAUCUCUCGAACCCGUUCACGAAGGAGGCGGCCCUGACCCACGCGGCCCCGCCCCCUCCUCCCGGAGAGCACAGUGGAGUUCCUUUCCCCACCCCGCCCCCUCCUCCUCCCCCCGGGGAACAUAGCAGCAGCGGUGGCAGUGGUGUCCCCUUUUCUACUCCGCCCCCCCCGCAGCCCCCCGUUGACCACUCUGGGGUGGUCCCCUUCCCAGCCCCAUCGCUGGCCGAGCACGGAGUGGCGGGGGCCGUGGCAAUGUUUCCCAAGGACCAUAGCUCCCUCCUUCAAGGGACCCUGGCAGAGCAUUUUGGGGUGCUCCCAGGACCCAGGGACCACGUGGGCCCCACCCAGCGGGACCUCAAUGGCCCUGGCCUUAGCCGUGUGCGCGAGAGCCUGAGCCUGCCCUCCCAUUCUCUGGAGCACCUAGGCCCGGCCCACGGAGCAGCAGGUGGGGGAGUCAGCAACAGCGGCGGUGGCCCCCCCUUGGGUCCCUCACACAGAGACACCAUCAGCCGGAGCGGUAUGAUUUUGCGGAGUCCCCGGCCAGACUUCCGGCCUAGGGAGCCUUUCCUCAGCAGAGAUCCGUUCCACAGUCUAAAGAGACCCCGGCCGCCUUUUGCCAGGGGCCCUCCAUUUUUUGCACCAAAACGCCCAUUCUUCCCUCCCAGGUACUGACGGAAGCCAAGGGAAAGGCAUUGGAACAGUCUAGAGAGCUUUGGAAGUAGGAGUUUGGAUUAUUGGCGGUUUUGUUUCCCCUCCUUUGACUUUUUUUUAUUAUGCCCGAGGGCCUCCCUUCCAAAUUAGAACGCCACCCGUGCUCACACGUCACUGGUCGACCCGUCCUCCCUCUGCCCGCCGCACUUACCCGAGUUGUUUGUAUU